GGGAAUGCAAUGGAUGAGCCACUUAAAAAUACCUGUGAGAAAGUAGAAACAGCAUUUGGGAUUUUGAUUAAUGCACCCUGGUCAUUGUUUAUUUUCCUUACUCCUACUAAGCAGAACCUAUUGUGUCUCUGUAAGUUCCGUUGUGUUAUUUUGGAGUAACGUCGUUGCAGCACACCCCAUGUGAAGCCCAGUCAGGUGUGUGAGAGGCGACAGCGCAGCGUCGCACUCAUUAUAGCUGUGUAGCAGCAGAGAGAGCAUGUGUGUGAUCCGAGGGUGCUACAGCAGGAUUUCUCCACUGCGCCCCUUUUUGAUUAACUUUCCAAAUAGAUUGUAAAUAGGAAGCGUAAUGCAAAUAAAUAAAUGUGUCGUUAGAUUCACUUGCCUCUCAGUUCAGCACACAAUAGAAUAAAUCCCUUCAGCCACAUUACUGCCGAUGCUUUUGGACAUAUGAGCACUUAGGCUGUGGCUGGCAGGCACAAGUUGGAGAGCACCGAGGGGAGUUUGUCAGACUUGCCCAUGUGAACAGCACUUCAGAACCAAGGACAGAUCCAAAGCGCUGCCUGGCAAACAUGCUCAAAGUGAGCAACAUCUGGACGCUGCUCAUCACAUGAAGGGCUUCACCUUGUCUGUGGCUGCACAUAUACCGACAACAUACAUCCAGUGCUUCAACCAGGAAAUAUCAAAAAUGCUGCACAUGCUGAGAGACGACUUGAAAGAGAUCCGCUUGCAGACUCUGUGAACCUUUGCUGCUCUCUGCCUCCACCAGCUGAUCCUUCCAAUCUGAUCCUGCCAUGCUGAGUGUAGUGCUCUGGCCCAGGUCUUUGGCCAGUUCUGCCCAUUACUGGCCUCUCCACAUGCUCCUGCUGGAGCUGUUGAUACCUGGAGUUCUGUCCAACAUCUCCAGAUUACCCCCCACGGCCAAACAUGAGAUCAUCAUAGAAGGGGACUUGGUGAUUGGAGGCCUGUUCCCUGUGCAUGAAAAAGGUGAUGGGACGGAGGACUGUGGUAAGAUCAAUGAGGAGAGAGGGAUCCAGAGACUGGAGGCCAUGCUGUUGGCACUUGAUGAGAUUAACUCCAGCGAUCGCAUCCUUCCCGGACUCCAGCUGGGGGCCCACAUCCUAGACACCUGUUCAAAGGACACCUAUGCUCUGGAGCAGUCCCUAGAUUUUGUCAGGGCUUCCCUCACCAAGGUGCAUGAUCCAGGCUUCAUUUGCCCAGAUGGCUCCAGACCCAUCCAAAAUGAGGUUACACUGGCCAUCUCUGGGGUCAUUGGAGGAUCCUACAGUGACGUUUCCAUUCAGGUGGCCAACCUCUUGCGACUGUUCCAGAUCCCUCAGAUCAGCUAUGCCUCCACCAGUGCAAAGCUCAGUGAUAAGACCCGCUAUGAUUACUUUGCCCGCACUGUGCCCCCUGACUUCUACCAGGCCAAGGCUAUGGCAGAGAUCCUACGUUACUUCAACUGGACCUAUGUAUCGACAGUAGCAUCGGAAGGUGACUAUGGUGAGACUGGCAUUGAUGCCUUCCAGCAGGAAGCCCGCACUCGCCAAAUCUGCAUUGCCACCUCAGCCAAGGUGAGCAGGUCUAUGAACCGCCAGGGCUAUGAGAAUGUGAUCCGCUCCUUGCAACAGAAAUCCAAUGCCAAGGUGGUCAUCCUGUUCACCCGCAGUGAAGAUGCCCGUGAGUUGCUGUCGGCAGCCACUCGCAUGAAUGUUACUUUCACCUGGGUGGCCAGUGAUGGGUGGGGAGCACAAGAGAGUGUGGUGAGGGCCAGUGAGACUGCAGCAGAUGGGGCUUUCACCAUAGAGCUGGCCUCAUACCCAAUCAGAGAGUUUGAAGACUACUUCACCAAGCUGAACCCAUACACCAACACAAGGAACCCAUGGUUCAAAGAGUUCUGGGAACACCGGUUUGGCUGCAGCCUCCAGCAACAUGACUGCAGUGAACGCAGCCUGAGAGAUGGAACUUUUGAACCGGAGUCCAAGAUCAUGUUUGUGGUAAAUGCAGUCUAUGCUAUGGCCUAUGCUCUGCACAACAUGAGGCAAGCUGUAUGCUCCAACACAUCCAAGGUCUGUGAUGCCAUGAAACCAGGUAAUGGCAAAAGAUUCUACAAGGAGUUCAUCCUGAAGACCAAGUUUGAAGCUCCAUUCAGACCUGUAGACACAGACAGCAUGGUGCGCUUUGACUCUGUUGGUGACAGCAUCAGCCGCUACAACAUCUUUCAUUACCACAGAGAAGAGGGGAAGUACAUCUACAGGAAGGUUGGCUACUGGGACCAGAUCCUGACCCUAAACACAACCCUAAUACCCUGGCAUGGCCUUGUACCACCUACCUCCCAGUGUAGUGAUCCCUGCAGGAAGAACGAGGUCAAGAGUAUGCAGCCAGGAGAUGUGUGCUGCUGGAUCUGUAUCCCCUGUCAGCCUUACCAGUACCUGCAGGAUGCAUUCACUUGUGCUGACUGCAGCUUUGGUCAGUGGCCUCUAGAUAACUUGACCGGCUGCUAUGAUCUGCCUGAAGAGUAUAUCCGGUGGGAAGAUGCCUGGGCCAUUGGUCCCGUAACCAUUUCCUGCCUUGGAAUACUAUGUACUCUGUCAGUAGUGGGCCUGUUCUUUAAGCACAAUGAGACUCCUGUGGUCAAAGCAAGUGGACGUGAACUCUCCUACAUCCUCUUGCUGGGAGUGCUGAUGUGCUACAGCAUGACUUUCAUCUAUAUCACCAAACCUUCUACAGCUGUUUGCACCCUACGGCGACUAGGCCUGGGCACCUCAUUUGCAGUGUGUUACUCAGCCCUGUUAACCAAGACCAACCGCAUUGCUCGCAUUUUCAGUGGAGUAAAGGAUGGAGCCCAACGUCCGCGUUUCAUCAGCCCAGCCUCCCAGGUAGCAAUCUGCGGUGCUCUGAUCUCCUGCCAGCUGCUGGUGGCCAUUAUAUGGCUGCUGGUGGAGGUGCCAGGGGUUCGGAAGGAGGUGAGCCCAGAGAGGAGAGACGUGGUUACCCUCAAGUGUAACAGCAGGGACUCCAGCAUGCUUAUGUCACUUACCUACAACUGCAUCCUCAUCAUCCUCUGCACUGUCUAUGCCUUCAAGACACGAAAGUGCCCCGAAAACUUCAAUGAGGCCAAGUUCAUUGGGUUCACCAUGUACACCACCUGCAUCAUCUGGCUGGCGUUCCAGCCCAUUUUCUAUGUCACUGCCAGUGACUACAGGGUGCAGACCACCACCAUGUGCAUCUCUGUCAGCCUGAGUGGUUCAGUGGUUCUCGGCUGCCUCUUUGCCCCCAAGAUCCACAUCAUCCUGUUCCAGCCACAGAAAAACGUGGCCACACUCAGAGUGACAGCCAGCCGCUUCAACACCACAGUGUCUGCUUCUGCCUCCGCUCCCAGUUCCAGCUACUCAAAAGGCUCAGCCUCUAACUAUGUGCCAGCAGUGUGCAAUGGCCGCGAGGUGGUGGACUCUACAACAUCCUCAUUGUGAAGAUUUCUCUCUAAGAGACCAUCCUGCCAUCAGUCACCCCGUGUGUGAUGGGGCCCUCAUGCCAUCCGCCAUGCUGCGGAGUGAUAAUUGCCAGGUAGGCUGACUGACAGCAACCAGGGUAACUGUGAAAGCUAUGUGAUUUUCCAACAUCGAGCAGUAUGUAUCAAUUGUAAAGCCUUUUUGUAUAGACUUAAUAUGCUGUGAUCUCCUUGGUUUACAAAUAGAUGUGAUUCAAUGCACUGUGCCUUGUCCUAAAGUCUUGUUGUCAGAUGGGUGGUUGUGAAGCAAUAGUGUUAUACAAAAGGCUUGUAUUUACAGUGCUGUGAAUAUAUCCAAAUGUUUUAGACAAUGACAAAAAAAAAAAAUACUACUGAAUAAAUUUAGCCCUUUAUGUUAAACAAACUAUGACUAACCAUCGUGGGUGUGGUGAAAACUAGGCAACUAGACAAUGUAAAGGACAUGUUAAUGUAGACUGGUCAAAUAGUGUGUGCUUUCUUGUAAUCUAUGUAAAUAAAAUGUUUUGUAAUAUUAAAAGUGGAAUACUGCUUGCAAUUCUUGAAUUUAUUUAAUUUAAAUCCAUCUUUUCAGAGAGUUAGAGCUUUUUGCACAGAUCCCCCCCAACUUACUUUAAAACAUUUUAUUGCAUUCUUUCUUCUAUUUUCACCAGAGUAAAAAAAAACUAAUUUUUUUAAAAAUUUGCAUUAAUACAAAUGCAACUCGUGAUAUUAGCUUGGUAUUUGGGUGCUCACAUCUCCAAGUUAUUACUGUUGUAGCUACUAGUUGAGUGUGUGCAAUUCUUCAUGUACAGCGCUUAUAAAAAA